AUGGAAACCCUCGUAGCCUACAGUGUCACUUACCUAGUAACCAGCAACUCCACUCUAGCAACCCUAGUUGCUGGCCUGUAUGGACUUCUCCUCAAGCAGGCCACGAAGCACCUGUCCAUUAAAGCGGUUCUACUCUGCCAAUCACCAGGACCCGUCUUCUCCGCAUCUGAUAUCGAUAGCUUUGUCCGCAAGAUAUAUAACAGCAGUGACUGCGAGUGGUCAUGCUUUCGUGUUAGCAUGGACGAGGAUCACCAAGGACAGGGAAGAAAGACCAUCCAUGUCGAGCUCGAGCAUGAAAACAUGCUCUAUGACGACUUGCUCCGCGAGCUACCAAUCCGAGAGAUAUGUAAAAAGCUCGUUGGAUUGCAUAAGUUCAAAGGGUACUGCUUCCGGAUCGUACCGGAGCGGGGAGAGAAAGGUCUAGAUGAGGUCGGUCAGGUGUUUGGUAGCUGCCUGCUGUUGAUGCAUCUGAGAGAGCUUUAUGAUAACUGCGUGGGUGAUGUGAGUGGUGAUGAACGCAGGUUGGCUAAGAUUGCUCUGUAUUCUGAACGGUUCACUAAUGAAUUCGGGGGAUAUGCGGAGUUUCUAUCUAAUGAAGACAUUGUGAGGGGCGUUGGGGCUAUGGAAGAUCCAAAGCUGGCGAGGAUGAUUGAGAUUUUUCAACGCUUACACCGGGAAUACAAAGAGAAGCCCCGGAGGAGUGUCUUGAAGUUAACCUAA